ACUGGUCCCUCUCCCGUCGUGUCAACCGAGGCUAGCCCAGCAUCACCGCCUUCUUCUUUCUGCCCCGUCUCUAUUUUAUGACCUUCUCUUAUUUAUUCCCGGCCACCUGCGCAACGCGUCCUCCUCUCUCUGUUGCACUCCUUUUUCUUUCAUCUCCUCCGACCACAAACCCGUUUUCGUCGUGCCGCAUCAGCCGAGAGAGCGAGAGCGAGAGAGAGAGAGAGAGAAAAACAUCCAUCCACGACGACGACGAGGAAGAGGAGGCAGGGUGCGAGUACAGCAACGCCCAUUUUGACACCUCCUGUAUCGCUACGGUUUCUAUGUCUGCGUGUUUGUGUCCGAGAGGGUUUUCCUCGCUCGUAGCCGGCACUCUGGUCCCUCUGCCCCGCCUGCUCCCGCCGCCUCUUUAGCAUCUCCGAGCAGCGGCGAGUGUCAACAGGGGGCUGGGGUGCUGAAGACCUCCGUGCCCCUUUGCAUGCAGCGCACCUAGACCCCUGUUUCUGCAGACCCCCAGGGCCUGGGCAGAUGAGAGGAGGAGGGGCUCUCACAAACGCUCGGCCUCCUGUGGGAGCACCGACCAGCUCAAGGAGAUUGCCAAAUUGCGUCAGCAGCUUCAGCGCAGCAAACGCAGCAGCCGCCAUCGGAGGGAUAAAGACCGCAAGUCCCCGUUCAAUGGCAGCCAUACCAUCAUCCAGUCGCAGUCGCCUAUGCCCAAAACCAUUCUGAUACCCAUCCCUAUAUCCAAGUCAUCGGCGCCUCGCUUCCGCAACAGCGUGGAGGGCCUCAACCAGGAGAUCGAACGCAUCACCAUCCAGGACACCCCCGAAAAGGACGAGACCAUCGUUCCGCAGGACGUCCCAGAUGGGCACCGCGCACCCCCACCCGUCCCCCCGCGCCGCAGCAGCAGCACGCGCAGCAUCGACACGCAGACUCCCUCAGGGGGUGGCCUGAGCGGUAGCCAUAGCAACUGCAGUAGCCGUCCCGACUCCAUCUCGCCCUCCUACCUCACCGUCCUCAACGACAUGGGUGGAGGCAGCCCCUACGAGGACAAAGAGCUGGGCCCCUGCUCCCCGCUGCCUAAAUACGCCGCCUCUCCCAGACCCAACAACAGCUACAUGUUCAAGAGAGAACCUCCAGAGGGCUGCGAGAAGGUCAAAGUGUUCGAGGAGUCCAUGCCCAAACCUCUGCAGGAGAUCCCCCCCUUCCUGUGUCCCGACCGCAACAAGGUCAACUUCAUCCCCAACAGCGGCUCCGCCUUCUGCCUCGUCAGCAUCCUCAAGCCCUUACUCCCCGCCCCGGACCUCAGCUUUCGCCCCGGGGUGGGCCUCCGGAGCCUGUCCCCGUCCCUCGUGCCUCUGUCCACCCAGCCCUGCCUCCUGGAGGAGCCCGAGAGCUUCUGAUGGCCCUCGACGGCUUUUAAGUCCCCCCACCCCCGCCCCCCCAA